CGAGUUCUGCGUUACUGUCCCUUUAAGUCUGGACGAGCGCGUGCGUAGAGUGCCCUGCGCGUGCGUAUCGGGGCCGUGACCUCGCGCCCAGUCGGCGCCGCUCGUGACUGUUUGGAUUUUUUUUUUAGGGGGGGGGCGGGAGACUAACAGCUCAGCGUUCGAGCCCCUUAUUGAGUCAGUGGCGCGAGUGUUGCCAUAGCGACCUUCUCCUUGGCGGCCUGGGGCCGGGACAAGCCGCCGCCGGAGCCAUGGAGCAGACGGAAGAGGCAGGGGCCGCCGAGGGCCCCGGGGCGGCGGUGACCGAGAUCCGGGUGCCGGGCCCGCGAGCGCUGCGGUUGCUGGAGUGGAAGGUGUCAGCGGGAGCGGCGGUGAAGAUCGGGUCGCUGCUGGCGUUGUGCGCGCCCCUCCCGCCGCCCGGCCGCGCCGCCACCCCCCCGGCCCAGGGCCCCGGCGCCCGGCCCCCGCGAGCGGCCGCCGAGCGCCGAGUGAAGGCGGAGCGGCCCGGCGUGGUGCGCGAGCUCUGCGCGCGGCCCGGACAGGUCAUCGCGCCCGGAGGCAUUUUGGUGAGACUGGAAGGAUGUAGCCAUCCUGUUGUUAUGAAAGGUUUGUGCGCAGAAUGUGGCCAGGACUUGACUCAGCUACAAAGCAAGAAUGGAAAACAGAAUGUGCCAUUAUCCACAGCAACUGUAUCUAUGGUUCAUAGUGUUCCAGAACUGAUGGUUAGCUCUGAGCAAGCUGAACAACUAGGGCGGGAAGACCAGCAGCGACUACACCGAAACCGAAAGCUGGUGCUGAUGGUAGAUUUGGACCAGACGUUAAUCCAUACAACAGAACAGCACUGCCAACAGAUGUCUAAUAAAGGAAUAUUCCAUUUCCAGUUAGGUCGAGGUGAACCUAUGCUGCAUACUCGUUUGCGUCCUCAUUGCAAGGAAUUCCUAGAAAAGAUUGCCAAGCUGUAUGAAUUACAUGUUUUUACCUUCGGUAGCAGACUUUAUGCACAUACAAUUGCAGGAUUUUUGGACCCUGAAAAGAAACUUUUUUCUCAUCGGAUAUUGUCAAGAGAUGAAUGUAUUGAUCCAUUUUCUAAAACGGGGAAUCUUAGAAAUCUCUUCCCAUGUGGUGACUCCAUGGUUUGCAUUAUUGAUGACCGAGAAGAUGUUUGGAAGUUUGCACCCAAUUUGAUAACUGUAAAGAAAUAUGUAUACUUUCAGGGUAUAGGUAUUAAUGCACCACCUGGAUCAAGGGAAACUCAGAUGAAAAAGAAGGUAAAUCAUUCUUCAAAAACAACUGAACCAUCUGAUCCUGCAGUGGUAACAGCAAAAGAUUCUGAAGAAUCAAAGAAUAUUUCGAGUGUGGAAGAACAAAGUAAUGGUCUUAGGAAAUCUACAAAAGAGAUAUGUACUACAAAUGGUAGUAACUUUAUGAGCAGCGAAACUUCUAACUUGGGGUUGAAUUCCAAUGACAAAUUAAAUGUUAGAGACUCCUUAAGUGAUACCAUUGAUCAUAAAACAAAUGCUGCCGUCAUUGAUUCAACAAAUGUUAAGGAGUCUCAGAUUUCUUCAGAACAAGAUGAUAGGACAGUUACAGAGAAGCAGCAGACCCAAGACAAGACAACAAAUAACUUGGACUUUGAACUGUCUAGUGACAGUGAAAGUGACAGUGGAUUAGAUGCUAAGAAGUCGUCGUCCUCUUCUGCCUCAGAUAGUGAAAGUGAGGGAAAAAGAAGCUGGAAAAAAUCAAAGCAGCCUGUACAAGCUGAAAAUUUGCAGCAAGAAUGUUGCACUGACGUGAGUGGGGGAAAGGAUGGUCAAGUGAACCAUUCUGGGGAGGUGACGGCUCCACCUAGUGUAUAUCCUCAUGGCAAGACAGUUGAUCUUGAAAUGCAAGAAGAAAGCGAACAGGAUAGCCUUUGUGAUCUGGGAAAUGGGUGUGCAGACAAGAAAGAAGCAGAGACAGAGUCCCAGAAUAGCGAGCAGUCUGGGAUUACAAUGGGUGAGUCUUUAGAUCAGAGCAUGGAAGAAGAGGAAGAAGAAGAAGACACAGAUGAAGAUGACCAUUUAAUAUACCUCGAAGAGAUCCUUGUUCGGGUGCACACUGAUUAUUAUACCAAGUAUGAUAAAUACCUGAAAAAGGAGAUCAAUGAAAUUCCAGACAUAAGAAAAAUAGUACCAGAAUUGAAAAGCAAGGUAUUGACAGAUGUUACCAUAAUAUUUAGUGGACUCUAUCCAACAAAUUUCCCCAUAGAAAGAACCCGAGAGCAUUAUCAUGCUACAGCACUUGGAGCUAAAAUUAUAAAGAACCUAGUACUGAAUGCUGAUGAUCCCAACAAGGCAACCCAUCUGAUUGCAGCAAGGGGAGGUAAUGAAAAAGUACGGCAAGCUCUGGACUGUAAACACCUCCAUGUUGUAAACCCUGACUGGCUGUGGAGCUGCUUGGAACGUUGGGACAAGGUAGAGGAGCAGCUCUUUCCCUUAAAGGAUGACUACAUCAAAACACAAAGAGAGAACAGUCCUGCCACAUUUCCUGAUACACACAGUGUGUUCCAGACUGCUCUGUUUCACCCGACGCCCAUCCAUCCAAAGUUUCAGCCGGGUCCUGAAGUUCGGCUUUAUGAUCCCAACACUGGAAAGCUAAUCAGGAAGAGCUCUCAGUCUUCUGUCCAGUCUCCGUAUAUCCAGUCUCCAGCUCCUCCCCUCACUUUACCGGUCCACGCGGAGCACUCAUCCUUCAGAGUUGUUCAACCACAUCAGCAGCAGCUGUUUGAUGAAGAGGAGUUACCAGCAAAUGAGAAUGAAGAUCAACCUGGUCCAUCCAAACGGAAACGCCAGCCAAGUAUGUCCGAGACGAUGCCACUGUACACGCUAUGUAAAGAGGAUUUAGAGAGUAUGGAUAAAGAGGUUGACGACAUCUUAGGAGAAGGUAGUGAUGAUAGUGACAGUGAGAAAAAGAAGACAGAAGAGGAAGGAGAGAAAGCACAGAGUAGUGCAACAGAAUCGCUAGGAAUGAAGAUAGAAGAGAGGCCUGGAUCAUCAUCCUCAUCAAGUGAAAGGAGCUUAACAGGCAGUAUACCCAGGGGUCACAAGCGUAAACUGGAUGAAGAUGAUGCUGCCAGUGAAUCCAGUAAAGAGUCCAGCAACGAAGAUGAGGAGGGGAGCAGUUCAGAGGCAGAUGAAAUGGCAGCAGCACUUGAAGCUGAAUUGAAUGACUUCAUGUGACAUUCUUAUGAGAGGAGAUUUGUAACUGUUUUACUGCUUGUAACAGAUCUGAUUUCAAAUGAGCCCCUUAUGUCAGUACUCGAGGUUUUUCCAAAAUGUGUGUGUAUAUUUUGCAAAGCAACACAAGACACAUUAUUUUACAAAAUCAGAAAUAGAUGUUUUUAAGGUGUUUUACUAAAGGAAAAUAUGCUUUUUUAAAAGGAAAAGUAUUAAAGGGGGACUUGGUGUACUAUGCCAAAGACGUGUUAUGAGCUCUGUAGAACCUUCAUAUACCACCAGGACAGUAGUACAAAGGUUUAUGAUUUAACAUACAGUAACUUUUUUAAAUAUCUCAAGGUAUGGUUUUGGGUAACCGGCUUCAAAGGAAAGGAGGCCGCAAAGAGGAUGGAAUUGCUUGAAUAAUACAGCAGGAACCUGAUGAUCUGGUCGUACUUUUUUCCGCAAUUAAAUACUAUCAAAUAUAAACGAAUUUUUAAAAUAAAAAACAAUUUAUAUUUGUAUAGAAACUGAGAAUGUAAUAUGCAAGCUUUGUGAACUCUGCACUUGACCUACCUGUCACUGGCUUCUAAGAGAAUACAAAAUGACUGAAUUUCAUGCUCUUAAGUUACUUUGUGGACUAGCAGGCUCUUUAGGGAGACCACUUAGAUUUUUAACUUUGCUUCUCGGUAACCUGGAAUUUUAGCACAGCAUACUGUGUGAUCCUGUACUGCCAUAAGGAGCUUAUUCACCCAUUUGUGUUCUUGGAAGAAAUGCGUGCUGCUUUAUUCUAGAUAGGAUUUUAUUUCUUUGGGAGAUCUGAUGUAAAGUUUUUGUAUAUUCUAUUUCAUAUUUGACCCACAAAACAGAUUUUCUUUCAUUUAAUAAAAAUCCAUUUUGUAAA